GUCGCCGCUGCCGACCGCCAUCGCGAACUCCAAAGUCGUCGACGCGGGGUCGGGCACCUUGCCAGCGAUCACGGAGGCCGCGUUGGAAGCGUUCCAUCCAGAUCCCGAUGCUGUUUCCCCUCCUAGGAAAAUCGCGAAGAGUGGCCGGCUCGUGUGCGUCUCCAGGGUCGCGGAGGGUACGUCGCCUGCGUUCGACAUCACGCCCUUCGCAAUCGAGGACGUCUCCGAAAUGCAGGGGCCGACGGUUCAGCAGCCACCAGUUCAGCAGCAACCAGGUCAGCUGCUCGCAGAUCAGCAGCCACCGGCCGAGCAGCCACCAGUUCAUCAGCCACAGCAGCCACCAGCCGAGCAGCCGCCAGCCGACACGCCAGAUCAGCAGCCACCAGUUCAGCAGCAACCAGGUCAGCAGCCCACAGGCGGGCAGUCACCAGAUCAGCAGCCACGUGCUGCGCAGCCGAAGUCUCCGCAGCCUCCGCGUGAUGAUGUGUUCAACGAGCCGAGGUUCCGCUUGCCUGGGGUCCCGAAGACGCCGCCGUUGCCCAGGCCCGUUGCCGUUGUCAAAACCGCGGAGGGCUGGACCGCGCUGCCGCCGUCGCCCACGGAGACAUCGCAAGCCGCUGACGAAGCGCCCAGCGAUGUCACCGACUGUUCGCUCAGGCAGGAGCUUCGGGAGAUCUUCGCGGAGGAUUGA